AUGAUGAUGAUCCCGGGAUAUGCUGGCUUGGUAUUCUUCUGCAUUAUAUGUCUUAUUUUGUACAAGUGUCAUCCUCACUGCAGGUUGUUACCUGUAGAUGGCAAAACUGUAGUUAUCACAGGCUGUGACUCAGGAUUUGGACAUGAACUUGUUAAACAUCUUGAUGCACGAGGGUUUACAGUUUUUGCUGGUUUCUUGAAUGAAGAUGGUCCUGGUGCCAAAGCACUAAAAGAACACUGUUCCAGUAAUCUAUCAACUCUACAACUGGAUGUCACUAAACCUGAAGAAAUAAGAAAGGCCUACUUUUAUGUGAAGUCAAAGGUGAAUGCCAGAGGUUUAUGGGGGCUUGUGAGCAAUGCAGGAACAGUGCAUUUUGUGUGUGAUGGAGAGCUAAUUCCAAUGAGCGAUUAUAGAAAAACUCUGGAUGUCAACUUCUUAGGGGCAGUGGAAGUCUUUAAGGUAUUCUGCCCCUUAUUACGCAAAGCCAGAGGCAGGUUUGUCACAGUCACUAGUUUAGCAGGAUAUAUUCCAUUAGCAGGCACCGUAGCCUAUAAUGCAUCAAAAGCAGCUAUGGUCAAGUUUGCAGAGACUGUAAAAGAGGAACUUUCCAUAUGGGGUGUUAAAGUUGCAGUUGUAGCACCAGGGGGACCUUUUAAAACAAGUAUUUUUCAUUCAAAUGAAGAAUUGAAUUAUCAAGCCGAGAACAUUAUAAAAAACCUCCAGCCUGACGUGAUAGAAGAUUAUAGCACUGAAUACAUAAACUAUUGGAAGGACGCAAUACCAGCUUUAAAAGCAAAUGCCUGUGAAAGCUUCACAGUUGUAAUAAAUGACAUCUACCAUGCUUUAAUGGCAGAGAAACCAAAUUAUGAAUAUUUUCCUGGGAAAGGUGCUUUUCAUGGUAAAUUCAUUUAUCACUAUUGUCCUGGUUGGGUUUUCAAUCUGCUGAAUCCAUUUAAACCAAAAAAUCUACCACUUCCUGCAGCAAUCAAGAAGAAUUUGACAGAUAGCCGUCAAUGCAACUCAUGAACCUGAAGAAGUGUUACUUUCAAAAAGCCACAGAAAUGAGUUCUCCACUUCACUCAUUUAGCUCUGUAUAUUCCUAUCAUUCUAGUAUUUUAACUGUUGUUUGCUAUUAUUAAGACAUCAUCACACCUUUGGGCCAAGGAUCUGAAAAUUAUUUUUUUUUCCUUAGUAGUAUGCUUCUGAAAAUUUAAAAAUCAGAACCUAUAAUAUUAUAGUUCCACAUUUUUGCUGAUAGUUUUAUCUUUUCUAGCUAUUUCAGCAAGAACUGCAAGCUAAUCUAUAUUACCCUUUCAAUGCAAAUCCUUCAUACCCCCCCCCUUACAUCUGUUUAAUGUGGACAUUAAGAACAUUUCACUCUGUCAGCUGACUAGUGCAAGGCAUUAUAUGCCUAUUCACAUAUUAUCAUUCUCAUCAUAAGUGACCACCUGUCAUUAGGUGCACACGAAUAUUGGAUUCUGCUAUCAUCCUCCUUUGAGAAGAAUAAUUUUAUAGUUCUACUUAAUCUUAAACAAGUGUUACUGUUACAGAAGGUGAGGAAAGCCAUUAAGUUAUGAGUAUAUUUCCAUUUUUUAAAAUUUACUAUAAAUGUCUUUACGUGGAUUUUAGCAUGUCAUCUAAGUUAAAGCUAUGCUGUCUUAUUUGUUUAGAAUAGACUAUAUUCAAAUACCUGUAUCUUUUUUCAUUUUAUUUGUUACAUAGGUAGCUACUGUGCACAAGAGCUUCUUUUCACCCUUAUCUAGGAGCAAUGGCUAAGUAACCUGCUCGCAGUCAGACAGAAAAUAAGCAAUCCUAAGACUACAGAAUGAAGCUUGGGAGAAGCUUGUAGCCUUAAUUGUCUAAACCAAUAUUGAACUAGUAAUGCAACAAUGUUGUUGUUGUUUGUCUUUCAGCUUUUUCUGGUUAGGGGUCACCACAGCGGAACUCCGGUCCGCUAAUGAUUGGCAGUAGAUUUUCACGAAAGCCAAGGUG